UACCUUACAGCGUUCUCACGUAGAAAUACCGGCGAGCUUACGUUUGUCGAUGCUAACCCGAGAAUUAAUUCGCGAAUCUCGUCAGAUAGUUCGCACGGUUGACAUAUACGUGCUACAGGGGAAAGCCAACGACUUUAAUGAGCACUCACGGCAUACCAGAGCAAUUAUACUUAGUGCCAGGAUUGCGAGGUAUUCGUGCGGCACGAAAAUCCGUCUGAAAUUGGAAGGCUCAUUAAGAGAUUAUCCUGAAGUAUAUUCGGACAUGAAAGUACAGCUGAUGAGGGGCUUAGUUGGCAAUAUGGUUUUAAUUAUCGCUAAAACCGCAGUUAUCGCCUCGUUGUUGGAAUUACCCUAUACGGUGACUUAACAUGUUCAUUCGCUAAUACUCGCUUACGGUGAUGUGGAGUCGAGAAUCUGGCUUAAUUUACCGCUACUAUGCCUCCUUAAUGUUGGAACAUUGUUAAUUACGUAUUUACGUAUAACAAUAUUUGUAUUGUAAUUUCUACAUAACAAGAAGAAAAAUUAAUUACAAAUUUAAUUGUAAAUUCUCGAUUAAAUUUAUACAUAAUGCAAACAAAAAAUAAAGAAAAUAAUCAUGGAUUAGAAUUAUUUCUUAUGUGAUCUUUCUAAAUAAGAGAAAAAAAUUAUUAACU